ACAUAAUAUAUUUAUAUAUAUAUAUUUAUAAUAAGACACGACAUAUAUAUAACUAAACUAUUUUUUUAUUUACACCCGAAUAAUAUUUAUUGCCAAUUAAUAAAAAUACUUCGCGUAAGUAAAUAAAAACUUUUAAAAAAAAUUAUCUCAGUGUCUUGUUGAUUAAGUGCUGGUAUUUUAUUUUAAAAUAGUUUUCGUACGAUGACGUGCCAUGUUGUCUAAUCCGCUGUUAUCAAGUAAUGACAGUGUCCUUGUAAGAAAGUAUUUAGCAAUAGUGGAUUUUUUAAAAAUUCAUAUAAAAAUAAUAAAAUAAAAAUAAUGGUGAUACAAAAAUUUAUAUAACAAUGAUUGAUUUUAUUAUUUUAUGACAGCCACAGCAGACGUUGCAAGUAUGAGGUGCUAUCGUGACCACAUAUAUAAAUAUUACGAAAUAUAUAUGAUGAAUAUAUAAAUAUAUGUAUUUUUUUCAAUAUGGAAAAUCGGGGCUACCGAAAUCAAGUUAAUAAUCAACAGUCGUUUUGGAAAAAAAAUGCACGAGCUGUUCCAGGAAGGCCGAGCUUGAAGCAGGACAACCGUCAGCUGAAAAUGUCUAGCACCAGUAAUAUACCUGGUGGUAAUGGAGGUGCAAUUGGUGCUGGCAGCAGUGCCGCGUCUUUCAAAGAUUUCCAAGAGAGUGUCGAUGAUGCCUGGGACUCGGGUGACGACGAAUUCUGUACUGUUUCUGAUGUAAAAAUAUCUAAACGUGUAAGUCAGUCUGCUGCCAUGAGUGUCAUCAAUAGCCACCGCAGUGGAGAAGGUCGCAGUGACAAUUUAACGAAUAGCGCCAACGAUUAUCAGUUGGGAAAAACCAAGGAAAUAAUACCAGAAGAAAAAAGGAUGGAGGCGCUGCAGAGAUUGGCUGUACAACCGCUCCACCUUCGCAACGAUCGCACUAGUGCGACAACGGCACCCGUAUGUCAAACGAAUCGUAAUAGAUGCAAUAAUUUACAAACCGAAACGGAGUCUCAGGUUAAAGAGAAAAUAGUAUGCUCGCCUUAUCGUGGAAACUCACAUUUUCCAGGUAGACCACAAGCUUUCAGACCGUCCUCAACUCCUUCGAGAUAUUUUGUACCAUUUAAAGAGCAAGACGGAGAAAGUAAAGUUGAUAAAUUUAAAAGUCUAUUGGACGCUUCGCUGCUUAAUUUAGACGAGUUAAGACAAUUAUCCUGGUCUGGAGUACCAGCUAAAUUACGUUCCAUUAUUUGGAGACUUCUAUCAGAAUAUUUGCCAGUUAAUUUGGAAAGACGUCAGCAAGUGUUGGAACGUAAACGCUUGGACUAUUUAAAUCUCGUGAAACAGUACUACGAUGUUGAAAGAGACGAAGCUUUUCAAGAUACAUAUCGACAAAUUCAUAUUGACAUUCCGCGAAUGUCUCCGCUUAUUUCAUUGUUUCAACAAAAAACAGUCCAACUUAUAUUCGAGAGGAUACUUUACAUUUGGGCAAUACGACACCCCGCGUCUGGUUACGUCCAGGGCAUGAACGACCUGGUAACGCCAUUCUUCCUGGUUUUUCUCCAAGAAGCUUUGCCGGUAUCCGCCUGGCAAGAUCUUGAAAAUUACGACGUCGCCUCACUGGAACAGAAACAGAGAGAUAUUAUUGAAGCUGAUAGCUUCUGGUGCCUAUCCAAGUUCCUAGACGGUAUUCAAGACAACUAUAUCUUUGCUCAAUUAGGUAUUCAACACAAAGUUAAUCAGCUUAAAGAGCUCAUACAGAGAAUCGAUGCGCCUCUUCAUCAGCAUUUACACCAACACGGCGUCGAUUAUCUACAGUUCUCUUUCAGAUGGAUGAAUAAUUUAUUAACCAGAGAAAUACCUCUUCACUGUACGAUACGUCUUUGGGACACAUAUCUCGCGGAGUCUGAUCGUUUUGCGUCAUUUCAGUUGUAUGUAUGCGCAGCUUUUCUUCUCAGAUGGAGACGUCACCUUCUAGCACAGCCCGAUUUCCAGGGCUUGAUGCUGAUGCUACAAAAUUUACCAACACAAAACUGGACAGACUCAGAAAUAGGUGUCCUAGUAGCGGAAGCUUACAAACUUAAAUUUACAUUCGCCGAUGCACCGAAUCAUUUACAAGCCCACGAUCCCAGGUGACCAACUCUCAAUACGCACUCAGUUGACCUGAGCGAUAAAGCUGUCGUAUUGGCCAAGUAAAAAAUAUCAUUAUCAUCAUCAUCAUCAUCAUUUUUAUGUUUUAUCCCGACUCGGAUAACUAGCCAAUCGUAAUUCUAAUUGCGUGCCGUCAUAAUUUUUCUAAAGAGUAAAGUUUUUAUUGAUUAUUUUAUUGAUAUUAUAUCAUCUAUUGCCGUUUUUAUAUUAUGCGUAAAAUUGGAUAAUGAAUUUGAUAUAUCAAUCCAAAUGUGUUAUAUUUUUAUGUAUA